AGGAAGAAAAACGGCAAAAGAUGAAAGAGGAGAAAAAAUAUCUUGAGAAAGCCAAGCUAAAAGCUCAGAAAAACAAUGACCUGAGGGAGCAGGCGAAUCUCUGUAACCGUCUUGGAGAGGUCCUGGCUAGACAUGGUGAGUUCAAGGAUGCAAUCAAAGAGCACCAGCAGGAGCUGCACUUGUCAGAGGCACUCGGUGACGUGAUAGGCCGGGCGAUAGCUAACAGGAAGAUCGGAGAAUGCCUGGCUGAGAUUGGGAACUACGCUGGCGCCCUGAAGCACCAGCACCAACACCUGGAACUGGCCCGGUCAGUCAGCAAUGACAUCGAGGAACAGCGAGCCUGGGCUACCAUUGGGCGGACGUACCUGUACAUCUAUGAAACGGACCAAUCGUGUGAGUCGCUGAAGGAGGCGGAGAAUGCUUUCCGGAAAAGCCUGGCCAUUGUGGACGAGAGGCUAGAAGGUAAGGCUUCCCGCCAUGAACUGAGUGAGAUGCGAGCCCGACUCUACUUGAAUCUCGGCUUCCUCUACGACAGCCUGAAAGAGCCAGAGAAAUGCAACCACUACAUCCGCAAGAGCGUCUUCAUCGCUGAGCAGAACCACCUGUACGAGGAUCUGUACCGAGCCAAUUUCAACCUGGGCACUAUCCACUGGCGCAAUGGCCAGCACUCCAAGGCUGUGCGCUGUCUGGAAGCUGCCAAGGAGUGUGCCAAGAAAAUGAAUGAAAACUUUAUGGAGAGUGAGUGCUUCAGCAGCAUCGGGCAGGUCUUCCUGAAUCUCGGAGACUUUGUGGCUGCUAAGCGUUCCCUGAAGAAGGCGUUUACACUGGGCUCCCAGCAGCCAGCAGAGCGAGACACGGUCAGGAAACACCUCAAGUACGCUGUGAAAGGCUGCCGAUUGGAAGAAGCUUUAUCCGAACUGGCUGACAAGGAGCAGCAGCAGGAGUUGGGUCUGUGUGAACAACUCGCCGAUCUCUGCUGUAAAGUGGGAUCCUAUCGUAAGGCCAUCGACUAUUACCAGGCGCAGCUGAAACAUGCCGAGUUGUUGAGGAAGCCUGACCGGGAACUGGCUGUUAUCCACGUCUCACUAGCAACCACCUUUGCUGACCUGAAGGAUUACCAACAGUCGGUCAGGCACUAUGAAGCUGAGCUGGCACUGCGCAAGGGGAACCCCAAGGAGGAGUGUGAGACCUGGCUAAACAUGGCCCUGGCCAAAGAGGAAGCUGGAGAACGGUACAGUGAGCUGGUGGAAUGUUACCAGCACGCACUGCGGAUUGCCGAGCAGGCUCAGCUACCCCGACUGCAGCUGCGAUCACUGAAGCUCCUUCACUGGGCACAACUGAAGGCGGGGCAGCCUGAGGCCUCUGCCACCCUGGCCCAGUUAGAAGCCCUAUCCCAGGCUCAGGGCAGUGAGAGUGGGGAUGAGAGCAAUACAGAGGAAAUGGAGAACAGUGAGCCUCUGGAAGAUAGUGAGCUGGAACUCUCAGAGAGCGAUGACGAUGACUUGGAGGGUUAUGACAAAGCAACUACAGGAAGGCGAAGGAUUAACCGGUGGAACCGGCGGAAUGAGAAAGGGGAGACCGUGUUACAUCGCGCCUGCAUCGAGGGGAACCUGAAACACGUGCAGUGCCUGGUGGAGAAGGGUCACCCCCUGAAUCCCAGGGAUUACUGCGGCUGGACGCCAUUACACGAAGCCUGUAACCAUGGCCACCUGGAGAUUGUCCGCUUCCUGUUGGAUCACCCGGUGAAUGUGAAUGAUCCCGGAGGGCCAUACUGUGAGGGGAUCACGCCCCUUCACGAUGCGAUCACGUGCGGAAACUUCCAUGUGGCUGAAAUGCUCAUUCGGAAGGGAGCAUCCGUGACGAUGCGAAACGCCAAGGGGCACACCCCCCUGGACAGUCUACACGACUGGAGGCAGACGUACGGCAAACACCUUGACCAAGACACCAAGCAGCAGUGUAAACACAUCGAGAAACUGCUGACGAACAGCUCCGCCAGAGAUUCGCAGCCUGUUCAAGUCCUUCAAGAGAGUGAAGUGUUUGACUCUGAAAGUUCCCAGCCACAGGAGCCAAUCAGAGGGGGUGUUACUGGCCCUGCAUCCACUCCCCCUGAGGAACAGGAGAGAGGGUUUCAGCACAACGACGCGGGAGGUCAGUGCCGCAGCAGGCUGGAUUCGAACACAGCUCCCGUGACCCAGAGCAGUCUGCUGCGUGCUCGGUUACACAGCGCCGAUGGGACCUCCGAUGGCCCUGGGAAACUCUCAGGCUCCGGUACCCAGAUGACCACUCGCAACCGGCUGGAUUGGUCUGCUCUCGGGCAGGAGGGCUCUUCCGACGAGGACGUUCCAGUGGAGCGAUGCCAACCAGUGAAGAAACGGCACAGGGUCAUGGGUCAGAGGGCUUCCACUGGCCCAGGAAGGACCAUACCCACCAGUGGCUGGACACCAGCUCUGCUCAACAACUCUGGUUCGAAUCAGGAGGAGACGAGUGAGUGGCAUUCGUCCAGGACGGGGCGGGAAUGUGAUUUCGAUGCUCCCAGUGUCGGAGCGUCCACUUACCUGCAGGCUAUCCGGAAUUUAGGGAGUGCAAAGUCCAGGAUUUUAUCCCAAACUUUAGCAGCACCGCCCGUUCAUCCGCCAGCCGCCAGCAGGAAGUCAGCGUUGAUCCCAGAUAGUGAGUACGUGGAGGACAGCUGGCUGGACGAUGAUCUGGGCAGCAGCCGAGCCAAGAAGAGGCGUUGGGAACAGGCAGGCAGUGUCCCUGAGCGAGAGGAGCCUGGCCUCAGCACUGAAGGAGAUCCCUGUCGGAGCUCACAGCUGCCUGCAUGCCGCCAAAGGGCCACUCUGCAGAAGAAACGAUCAAAGCAACUGCGUAUGACCCAGAUAGUGGACAGGGCCGGGCUCAGGAGGACAGGAAACAGCAGCAGCAACACUGAGAGGGAUACCUCCCAGGUCACCUCUACAACCAGCGAGCCCACAGCAGCCUCCAGCUCACUGGUUUCAACUCAUCAGUUUGUGCCUGUUGCCCCAGCAGCUCCUCCAUCGAUCAGAGUGAGGGUCAGAGUUCAAGAUCAUGUCUUCCUGAUCCCAAUAGCACACAGUGACACUGAAGUACGGACUGUGUCUUGGUUGGCAGAACAGGCCGCUCAGCGACAUUACCAGACGUGUGGGCUGCGGCCAAGACUCACCCUGAAGAAGGAAGGGGCACUGCUCGCUCCACAGGACCCCAUCAUCCACGUUCUGCAAAGCAACGAGGAGGUCCUGGCUGAGGUCGUGUCCUGGGACCUGCCUCCACUCUCUGAGCGAUACAGGAGGGCCUGUGACAGUCUGUCGUUGGCUGUUAACGGUCUGGUGUUAAGGGUGUGUGAGACCCAGGGGAGCGGGACCUGUUUCCAACUGUCCGGCCUGUCCCUGAGCAAGGAGCACCUGAGUCCCAUCCUGAGGGCCCUGAAACUGCAGACCCCCACCCGCCAGCUGUGCCUGUCUGCCAAUCGCCUGGGUGACGAUGCCAUGGGGGAGCUGCUGGCCUGCCUGGUAACCAUGCCCAACCUGAGGGUGCUGGACCUCUCCUCCAAUCAGAUCACACACCAAGGCCUGAGCGCGCUCUGUCAGGCCAGCAGCCUCUCCAGGGACACUCCUUUCCAAAGUCUGGAGGAAUUGAACCUCAGCCUCAAUCCUUUGGGCGAUGGCUGCUCUCAGGCUAUCGCCUCCCUCCUCAGAUCCUGCCCACUACUGAGCACCCUCAAACUCCAGGCCUGUGGCCUCACAGCCAGGUUCCUGCAGAAUUACCGCCUCCUGCUGGCAGAAGCCCUGAAAGGCGCUGGACACCUGAAGACUGUCUGCCUGUCGCACAAUGCUCUGGGCUCAGUGGGAACCGAGCUGAUCUUCCAGAGCCUGCCCCACCACACCGUCAGCCACCUGGACAUCGCUGGCGUAAUCAGUAACCACAGUGACGCCUUGGGAAUGGAACAUCUCGCCAGGUACCUGUCCCAGAGUGAUUGCAGUCUGACCCAUCUGAACCUCUCUGGGAAUCGCUUGACUGAUGAUUCUGUCAGAGAUCUGUGCAGAUGCCUGUUACUGUGUCCGUCCCUGGUUUCCCUGGACGUGUCGGCCAAUUCUGGGAUAACGACAGCGGGUCUGGAGAUGCUGCUUGGUGCAGUCAGAGAGCGGAGCUGUGGGAUGCAGUACCUGAACGUUUCUGGCUCCUCUGUCCAUGGCCCCUCAGACCUGACAGCCCUUGGAGUGAAGCUUGGUGAGCUGAGGCUGUGUAGCAGCCGCCUCGAUAAAUCCGAGAGGGAGAGCCUGGUGAGGAGCUGGCAGGAGGAGGCAGUACGGAAGGUUCACACUGUGUCUCACCGACACAAGUGUCUGAUCAGGGCAGCACCCAGCAGCCUCUGUUAAAACACUCACAUCCUUUCACACUGUUUAUAUGUAACUAACAUAUUUUUAUCGAUUGUAUAAUAUGUAUUAAA